CACUGAUUGGGGUUGCUGGAAAAAACAGUCCAGUCCAGACACCCCUAUUGACUCACUGAAGUGGGUACCAAAAAACAACAACAUGGCGUCGCCUGAACUAGUAAGCUUCUGCUGCGUGGGUAACGAUGACCUCAGAUGGGUCAUAAACUACCAGAACUCGAGCUAUAAUGCAGUUUGCCUGGCGAGCUCGGUUUUCAGCAUUGUAGGAACUGUUGUGCAGCUGCUGCCAAAGAGAGUGACUCCUGCUGAGUCCAUGAGACUAAGACGAAGCCGGGAUCCGUUCACUUCGCAGAAGAAAAUUGUCAUGUGGCUGAUAGUGGCAGACCUUUUAGCUUGUUUAGGUAUUUUUCUUCGAUCUAUGGUGUGGUUAGCUGGUGGUCAUAGUGCUUCUGAUGAUCAGCCUUCUCCUGCCACAGUUUUCUGUGCAUUUGUUGGGGGGUGGAUUCAGCUGUUUUACAUCACAACGUACUUCUGGACAUUCUGCUAUGCUGUGGAUGUGUUUGUCAUCAUGAAGGGCUUCAAUGGCCUCAGAUGCUGUCAGUGUAGUGUUAGUAAACUGUGGAUAUACCACAUCAUCAGCUGGGGAAUGGCCAUUAUUCUGACUGGAGAGAGCCUGACACUUCUUUUCUACCCUUCUGGUUGGAAAUGUGAAGAUGGGAAAGCCCACCUGGUCCCGUACUACUUAUCCACCUACAUCCCCAUUGUACUGGUGAUGAUUCUCAACCCAAUUCUGUACAUAUUCUCUUCAAGAUCAGUUCCAUCCAUCUUGAAGAGCCGAAGAGGAAAGUACACAGACAUAGAGAGGGCCAUUGUACAGUCUGUUAGGUUAAAGUUCUUCAAUGUCGUACUGGUCUUCUUUGCAUGUUGGAUACCAAAUGUUCUGAAUGGAGUUCUGAUUUUUGCUGGGGACAACUUGACAGGACAAAAUGUUGUCUACCAGGAGGUUGUGCAUAUCCUGUGGUAUAUGAUGGCUAUCCUGAACCCUCUCCAAGCCUUCCUGAACUCGCUGGUGUACAGGGGUUGGCAGGGGUGUCAGUGUGCCUGUCCGUGGCAGUCUGACUUCAGCGUACAGUCCGUCCCUGUAACCCCUGACCCCGGCCCGUCACGCAGCGUCACGCCGUCACAGGACGAGGGCCUGUCCACGUCCUACGAAUCCGACCAUCGUACCAGCGUUAUCAACGGGAACGUAGGGCUGCUUUCAGAAACUUGAAAGUUGUGUUUACAAUGAGUGUUGAUGGGGAUGUUGACCCGGAGUUUCUCCCGCUCUUGGACAUCAACUGUUUCACCGAGUACAGAACAUUUGCUGAGAACUCUGCAAACUUCACGUCCUCUUCUGGCAGCUGGAGCUCUUCAGAGUGGACCAAGCUGCCCAAACCUCAGCUACUGUGACAGGAACGCUAAGGCCAUACUGAUUUCAUUACUUACUUACAUAAUGUUCUAGCCAGCAUCCAUCUUUCCAUUUUGCCACUUGUGACACGUCUCCACGUUUGAAGGCAUAGAUCCCACUUCUGUCACCAUGUGAUACGUCCUGCCUUGCCUCGUAGUGUCCUUCUAUUUCAGGGUAGGAAUCUAUUGACUGAACACCAAGCCAGAAUUCGCAAAUCUGCUUGUUUAUUCCUCAGUCGCUCACCAGACGUCCUUCGUCUGUGAGGGUCUUUUGUCUUCUCUUGUUGCGCAUUAGUCUAUAUGUUAAUGAUCCUAACUAUCAACACAUUGUCUGACGAAGACUUUGGAAUAAAAAGUCGAAACCGGAAAAAAUUGAUAGUCUCAGCCAUCAUCCUUCUGACGAACUCUUGACUAACUAUCAACACAUGUUACACUACUCAUGACAGACGAAAAAGGAUCUGGAAACUGAAUGUACAAAUAUAGAAAACUUGUAGUGAUUUGGAAAGUUUUAUAACUGACAUGGGUUAUAUCUACAGUGCUAGUAUGAUGUGUACAUUAUAGUCAGUGUUGUGUUUUAAGAAUAAUGUUUUAAAGAGCUGUAAGUUAUAUAUCCAGAUGCAAGGACAAGGUUUACAUCUUGUUAUAGUAGUGUCAGCAAAUGAAGCAGUGAUAUCAAUGCUUUAAGUGCAAUUAUUUGAAUAUUGAGCCAAAUUUAAUAGUAUAGUUUGAAUUGUGUACAAUCUUUUACAAGUUAUUAGAAAAGUGUGUUGACAAUAAACUUAAGAAACAAAGAUUACUGGCUGGCUGAAGGGUUGCCUUCUAAAAUAAAUAGUUGAUACAUGUAUAUAAACCUGAAAUAUUGUCAGGAAACCUCACAUACAUGUAAAACUACAGAUAUAUGUAUGUAACAUUAUGUAUGUAUGUAUAUCCAUAAAUACUUAAUAUCUAUAAAUAUACUGUUGCAUAGUUGUUAGUUCGAUACAUUCAGACGAAAUACAUUGUAUUGCAGUUUUAUGGCAUGUUGUAUAUGGAGUCUAGGAUUGUUUUAGGUUUUUAAACAUACUGAUGUCCUUAGACGUUUGUGUGAAAUUGUAUGAAAUCAACAUAUCAUUAAGUGCUUAAGGCCUGUUCCUUAGGAAAUACGUUUUGUGAGGCUGUCAAAUGUCAUGGUAUUUUAUUAUAAAAAAAAGAGCUGAGAGUAUUUUAGUACAAGACCUCAAAUUCA